CCCCGUUUGAACCAGACAAAAUGGGAAAUACAUCCAGUUGACGCUUUCAGGCUGCGGUAUUAUGUAAAACGCUGCAGAGGUAAUCAUCAAAGAGGGGUUUUGAAAGGAAGAUCUCUUUCUUUCUAAAUCGACCUGUGAUCGGCAGACGUGAAAGAGAACUUAAGAAAGGAAGAGUUGGUGGUUUAGUCACGAAUGGCUUUCGAUUCAGUUGGCAGCGACAGAGGUGAGGCUGCGUGGAUCAUGCAUCAGCAAAUGCAGACUGAGCCCAAAUCAUCUUGGCCUUCCAGCUACAACUCUACAAACAAUAACUGGAACAUGGAAUCUCAGUAUCCUGGCUACUCAAACUAUUGGUAUCCCCAGUCGCACACAGCGGGACACUACGGCAAUACUUACCCCCCUGGAACAGAGGUCAAUGAACAAGCAUCAUACAAUCCCCAGGCAAUGUCAACCUAUCCCAAUGGGGUGUACAAUCCAGGACAAUAUGCCACGAAUAUGCUACAUCCUUCCAAUCCGUUCUACUGCAGUGAUCAGGUGCCUUCAAGACAACCUCAGUAUCACAACCAGGCCUGUCCUGAUCAAAAUGCAGGGGGUCCAGCUCCUCCUCCCUACCCUGUGCCACACUGUCAAGGGGCUGCUGGCUACCCUCCAGGAUCCUACACGCACUAUGGAGAAGGGUGCCCCACGAACCCCCCCUACUCCAACCAGCAGCCCAUGCUCUCUAGACCCCAGCACGAGGCCUGGUCCCACUCUGGAGGGUAUGGACCCGCAACCCCCCAACAGCAAUGGCCGUCCAAUAGCCCGACACCUCAUGGUCACUAUGGCAACCAUGUACGACCACCUCACCCCCCACCAUGGCAAGGACCUGCACCGCCUCCAUAUGAACCCAAGGAUCCAUCCUAUCACUGUCAGCCUCAUUUGCACCCUCAAAACCAGCCUACAGGCCCCAAACCAUGUGCCAGCACCCCAAACCCAACCCCGCCCAAACCUGCCCAAUUCAGCGCUCCGCCUCAAAUCUACAACAUGACACCCUCCGGAUGUGGAGGACACAAAGGGGGUGCUGAUCCCAACCCAGCUCAGAAUGAGCAACCUCCAAUGUCUUCCCACUCUGGUUCGUCCACCCCUGCCCUGCUGAGCGAUAAUCUCAGCCUGGCGCGAGUCCAGCAGGUUCUGGCCAGAGCCCAUCUCCUUCUGGAAGACGUGGAUGAGUUUGUGGGAAAAAAGACAGACAAGAGUUACCGGUGUCUGGAGGAGCUUUUGACAAAAGAGCUGCUGGAACUGGACUCAGUAGAGACUAAUGGACAGGACGGCGUUCGACUGGCCCGUAAAGAGGCCGUUCAAAGGAUCCAGGCAAUCUUGGACCGUCUUGAGAAAAAGGCCUUCUAAUAAUAGGGUGGAUUUAUUAUGGUUCUGGUCGUAUACUGUAUGUGGUUGAUUCUGUUUUUUAAUUGUUGCUUAGAAUAUAAAAAAAAAAAUAAUAAUUCUCAUUAUCGCAGAUUAUUAGCUUCAGCGUUUGCCAGUUUUAAAUGUGUGUUCAUUUUCAGUUGCGUACCCUAGUUAUGGUAAUGUAUUAAUCAAAACACAGGCAUUCCUAUUCAUUGAAGUGCCAUACGCUAACCAGCAGCGGCAGUCUGACAUCUGCUCAGAAUUAAGCAUUAGACGGUAGCACUUUAUAGUAAGGUUACAUUUGUUAUCAUUAAUAAAUGCAUUAGGUAUCAUGUACUAACAAUGAACAAUAUAUUUUUUACAGUAUUUAUAAUUUUUUGUUAAGGCUGAACUAAGUAACUUUGUGCUCUCUAGCGACAUCUGUGGUUGAAACUUAAAAUUGCAAGCAAUUUGCGGAAGAAUACAUUACGUCAGUCGCGUUCUGGCACUGCUCUUCUGGUGGAUGAAUCUCCCAAUUUGAGCUUACCUGGACAUCGCCUGUGUGUGAUCGUGACUGGAGCCGGAGUCAUAAAGUGCUAUUUUCAUGUUGAUAAUAUGUUAUACGAUUAAACAUUUGAAACUAAUAUUUUACUUGCUUUGAUGAAGAUAAACAGAACUUUUAUUUACAUAUUUGAAUUAAUUUUACACUUUAAUUCGGACACUACACUGAAAGCCCUUUUAAAAGGAGAUCAGGGUACUCUCCUCAGCCACCACUGGUAUAUCUUAAUAUGAUUAUUCAAGUGUUUUAUCUACUAAUAAUUUUUUAAUUGUUCUACAAUUUUCAAAUUAAGAGGUUAAACUCGUGAUAUGGCUGAUACGAGUUCAAUUGAAGACUUUCUUAAUUUUAUUCUAUAUUGUCCAGCCUCAGUAACUGCAAUGCACACAAUAACACCGUAACCCUAAAACAUAAGGAUUCAAUGAUGGGGAUAAAAUAUAUUUCUUUAUUAAACGUAAACAUAAUAUGCUUAAAUAGGCAAUAUAACAAUUGCAUGAUGUCAAUUUCAGAAGUCAUACAUAUUAAACGUGUCACUGUAACUUCUCGAUCGGUUAACACACUAGUAAUGAUCGAUUCAUACAAGCAUGACAAGCAAUAUAUGCUUCAACAUCACUACCAGAAAACAUCCAAGCAUUAUAGCUGGUAAACAACUUCGCCAAAUGGGUAACAGAUAAACAUCCAUCUAGACUGCAACGGUGCUGUCCUGAACUGUGUGUUACUGGACUGAGCUGAACGUAGUUUCUCCAGUCGGAACACGAGACAGCCGACUCUUCUUUCCUGUGUGUGCGGACAUGAUGUAAUGACGCAAGGAUGAACGUCAUAAGCCAGCGAUUUUGCGCCAAUUUGAACCCGACAUCUCAAAAUACUAAUGAUUUUAAUAAGCUUACCGUAGUGAAUCGGGUAAGAUAAAGACAUUGUUUUGAACACUGAUUGUUUAUGUUAUGUCAGUCAAUAAUGGCAAUUUGUUCGUUUUUAACCAAACAAUCUUACAUGGUGCAGCUUUAAUGUUAGUUAAAAAUACAAUUGUUCAUUGAUACUUUUCAUUUUUAAAAAUAUAUUAGUGUAUGUAGAAAUUAACAUUAACCAAGAUUAUUGUAAAGUGUUACCCUUAAUUCUCCACUUGCAUGUCAUUGCAUAACUCUGCUUGCCCCCCCCCUUGAGUCUAAUCAAGCUAAAAUGGACAAAAAAGCGCUAACUUGACUGCGUAUUAAUAUUUCCAGUGUUUUUUGGUAAAUAUUUUCUAAAUUGGAUCCUCCAUCCCUCAUUUUGCACAUUAGUUUUUUACAAUAUUGUUUACCGCUGCUAUUAUACUAAUACAUAUUUUCUUUUCUAGAAAAAAAAGUUUGUAUAAUAAAUAAAGUAAGGUCACUUUUUUGGUAACUCAUUCUCAACCACUUUCAGUUUGACUUAUUUAUUCUUUUUUAUUGUGUAUAGUUCUUUUCACCAGUUUCAUUUAGUCACAUUCUUCAUGGAAAUAGAUGUUUAACCAAUCAGAUUACAUAUUUGUUUUUGAUUUUGAUCAUGGAUCUGUCUUGUCCAAACUGAGAGUCACAGAUCUUGGUCUAGCACUCACACUGCUGUUGGUUCCAUUGUUAUUCCAAGUUGUUUUCUAUUCUUAGGUCUGCACCUGGAUUUUAAAUCAUUAGAUUUCUCAGGCUUUUAGCCAUUAUCUGUUAGCUUUUAGACCAUCUAUAUUGUAGUGUACUAGCUAGUAUACUAGCAAAUACUACCUGCCUGCAUACCAGUUGGCUGGACCCAGGACCCAGUCCCACACAAAAUGUUAAUUUAUUUUUUGACUUCAAAUACAAAUGUGUAAAAUAGUUUUAAAAAGCAUAAAUUCUGCUUUCUGGAAGUAUGAAACAAUUGUUUCAGUGUGCAGACUUUCUGUUGCUAAGGAAAAUGUAGAGAAAAAUUCAUUUGGAUGAAAAUUUGGCCCAUCCAUUUUUAUUGAGGCCUACCCAAAAGUUAUUUCCCUGCCAUGCUCUUGCUCCAUACUAUAGCAAUAACAAGUAGUAAAUUAUGGUUUUGCCAGGCUCUGACAAACUUUAAUGGAAUAUUCCAGGUUUAAUACUAGUUAAAGGGACAGUUCACCCAAAAAGGAAGAUUCUCUCAUCAUUUACUUACUCUCAUGCCAUCCCAGAUGUGUAUGACUGACUUCUGCUGAACACAAAGAUGUUUAGCUUUGUAGGUCCAUCGAAUGCAAGUGAAUGCUGAUUCGAAUUUUGAAGCUCUCAUAAGCACAAAAAGGCAGUAUAAAAGUAAUCCAUACAAUACCAGUGGCUAAAUCAUUUCUUCAGAAGUGAUAUGAUAGAUGUGAGUGAGAAACAGAUCAAUAUUUAAGUACGAAAGUGGAGAUUAAUAGUAAAAAAGGGAUUUAAAUAUUGAUCUGUUUCUCACACCUAUCAUAUCACUUCUGAAGACAUGGAUUAAACCACUGAAGUCGUAUGGAUUACUUCUAUACUGCCUUUGUGCUAUUUGAAGCUUCAAGUCCCUGAUCACCAUUCACUUGCAUUGUAUGGAGAUAUUUUCUAAUAAUCUUCAUUUGUGUUCUACAGAAGAAAGUCAAACACAUCUGGGAUGGCAUGAGGGUGAGUAAAUGAAGAGAGAAUUAAAAUUUUUGGUUGAACUAACUUGGAGCCUAAGCGUCAUCAAACCAAACAUCUGAUGUGUUCAUAUGCUGUAGUCGCUUCCUUUGUGCACCUGCAUCAUGAUCACGUUUUAGUAUUUAGCAUUUGUAUCAACAUGAUUGUUUAUAUCCUGUAGUUAUGCAGGGUGUUUGUUUGCUUGUUUUUCCUUUGUGAGAGACUAUUGCUCUGUAGUUGUUACAGGUGGUGGUAGCCAUGACUAAUCUGUGGGCCUCAAUACAUCGUUUACAGUCCAAGAGGAGGUCUUUUUACCAAAAGACUUUAUGGAAUAGUGUAUAGUUAAUAUCUGAAGGACUGGAGUGGGGAUUUGGAUUAUGCUUUGCACCAAAGUCACUUACAUCAUGGACCGUUCAACAGGUCUUACUCCAAGGAUUUUGUGUCUGUUUUGUAACAGUGUCAUAAUAUUAGCAGGUGCUUUGUCAUACAAGAACAGAGACGUAUAUCAAAUAUAAGAAAAAAACUGCAAGUCAACUGUGCUCUGCUUGAAGUCUCAAACCCCAUGUUUAUCUUUAUUGUAUGUCUGUCUCUCUCUCUGUCUAUCGCUCUCUGUAAAUGAUCCCUUAUGUAUACCUGAAAUUGUUUAAAAUUUGAUUAAUCUUUACAGAAAAAAAUACAAAGUAUAUUUGUAUAACGAACAAAGUGAAAACAGAAACUUGCCUGCUAUAGUCCCUGUUGUAAUGCAUGUUUUGAACACAAGAGGGGGCUGUUUUUUCAUGUUGUAGGACUGAAUAAGGACAGCUGGGUUUCUUAUAUUAAAAAUC